UGUGCUCAUCUGACAGUCGUUGGGAUUCGCGUUGGCAGUCUUGAUUUGGCAUUGCGUGUGGAAACCUCGAAAGUGUUCAAGUGUUCGGAUAAACAUUUAAUAAAACAUAAAGAAAAAAACUUGAGAGAGAGUAAAAUCAAACAAAAAUACUCAUUCAAAGAGAAAAAAAUAUAUACAAACCGAGAGAGAAUUAUACAUGUGAAGAAGAAAGAAAAAAUAAAAUGAGAACAACAAAAAUUCAACCAUCAUUAAAUAGUGUAUUAAAUACCAAAUGUCUCCAUAGAAAUAAAUGAAAUAAUCAAAUGAAGGAAAAUAUUUAAAAAUUCUGUGAAAGAAACAAAAUAACAAAUGAUAAAAUAACAAAGUGCUAGUGGAAAAGUCGGAGGAAAACCCAAGAAUUUCGUGUAAUAUGAAAAACACAGGAGCAACUCCCACCAAUACAUAAAAAAAUAUUAUGGACAUAAGGAGUCCACAAUCGAAAAAGAAUAAACUUUAAAAAAGUUUCCACAAAAUAAAAAACAAGAAAGUUCAACAACUCGCUCUGAAUAACUUGAUAUCUUUUAGAUUAUCGCAGCAAAGCAAAAAUAAAACUUUUUAAACAAACUCAAAUUCAAACAAAAGUCCAAGUGAAAAAAAAAAGAUUUCGCGCAAAAUAAUCGAAUCAGUGAACCAAGUGUAUAAACAACAACAACAUUCGCCACAACCAGAAAAUAAGUGAAAAAUUAAAUUUUUAAAUUUAGAUAUUAUAGACCAAAAGAAAUUUGCGUAUUUUCCAAUUUGACCAACAACUUACAACAAACUGGGACGAGGGCAUGUUUAGUGGGAUUGAAUGUGCGUGUAAGUGUCGUCUAUGGCCGAGUCCGUUAGUACUCAAUCGCUCUCUGCAGUGACGGAGGGGCACGACGACAGCAUAGCACAUGCAUCAUCAAGUAGAAAAACAACAACAACAACAGCAACAACACCACUAACACCAACGACGACUCCCAUCAUCAAUAAGGUCAAAUCGAAGCGUAGUCGUCAACAGGAAAAGAAGUCACACAAACAACAGUCCUUCGGCGUCGGCAACCUUAACAAUUCAAGUGCUGUUGCAACAGCAGCCUCCUCAUCGCCCUCCCGCUGCUCCUUCGAUAAUAAUAAUAGUAGUAUAGCUGUCGAUAAACGUUCUCGCAGCAAAUCACGCAGCAAGUCACGCUCCUCGGCAACACAUCAAGACUCACACAACCAUAGUAGCGGCAUUGGUAGUGGUAGCACUUCUGCCAGAGGCCAUAUCAAGCCCCAAGAAGAACAAUCACCAUUGUUGAAAACAAAGAACAGCAACAACAACAAUUUUAGCAACAAAACUAACGCCAACAAACGUGCCUCAUCACGUAACUCAACAUUAAACGCUUCAACAUCGUCGGCAGUCUACUCGCCAACUUCGCCCAUAACACCGCCACCCACAAAUCGUGUAGAACGUAAACGCCAUCACCACGUUGAAAAGGCCACAACUUCAGCCACAACAACUUCAACCGGUAGUAGUGAACAUCCUACAGAUUUAUCAUCGCCUUUAAAGAAACGUCGCUACAAUAAUUACAACAACAGCUCACAGGACAUUGAAUCGACGCCACUUUCGACAACAAGUGGAAACAGCAGUGCCGCCAGUGGCAGUAAAUUUUCUACACCCAAAAAGAGCAAGAAGGAACAACGGCGAGGUGAUUGUGUAGCACAAAGAACUCGUUCGAAAACUGUCUCACCCGAAGAGCCAUCGACCAGCAGUGGUGGUGGUGGUGGGAUUAGUAUUAACCACAGCAACAGCAGCAACAAUCAUCGGCGCUACACAAAGGCAAUAGCGUCGUGUAUAGAUCCAGCCAGUUCGUCGGCAGUAACACAACGCAGUUCAACAAAGGCAAAGCCGAAUAGCAGCAACGGCAACAGCGCCAGCACCAGCACCAGCAAGAGCAAUUUAUUGAAUUAUUAUCGUAAAACUCGCAAAGUCAGUCAUAGUCGUUCGACAACCACAACAAAGAAGAGAAGCAAUAGCGCACAGCGACCAAGUGCAGCCGGUGCGGGAGCAUUUUCUUCGGCAACUACUACUGGUUAUUUGAAUAGCAUUGCAUUUGCUGAAGAUAACGACGACGAAGACGAGAACGAGAACGAGGAGGAGAGCACCGACAACAGUGACAGCGGUGAAACUGAGCGCCAACGACGACGUGAGCUAAGCAAAAAGCAAACAAAAACAAAAGUCGCAGAAAAAUACAAAUUCAAGUCGUCCCUUGGAGCGUCAAGACACAGGCAGCGGAAUUAUCGAAAUCAAAAUAAAAGUUCCACCGCCAGCGGCAGUACAUCAUCAUCGUCAUUGUCGUCUUUGUCGAGGCGUGAUAAUAAGAAAAAACAACAAAAACAGCAUUUAAGUGAAUGUAGCGGCGGUGAUAAGAGGCAACAACAACAACAGCAGCACAUCAAUAAUAACAAUAACAAGAACUUCUUAUCAGUUGUGGGAAACAAAGCUAAAUUAAACACAAAAUCACCAUCUACGUCGUCUGGAAUAACAGCCGCCGCAGGAGGUUCAAUACUACCACCGCCGCCGCCAUCAGCGUCAUCAACGUCAGUUGCCACCACAAGCCGUUCGGCAACAUCACCCACAUCAUUGCAUUUGGAUAAAAUCUCCAAAUAUCGUAAAAAUCUCAGAAAUUAUCAAACAUUUUUGAAUAACUUGAGUAGCGAAUUGAACGAUUCUCAAGAAGAUUUAACCGAAUCUGUAGGAGACAACAACGCCUCCGCCUCCAAUAAUACAGGUGAACGUUCAAACAAUUCCAAUUCGGUGUAUUUCGAUAAAGAAUUGUUGGCGGUUUUAACAGCUGAUAUUGACUCCAUUGGGGAUAACGAUACUGAGGGAGUUAUCGAAGAAGAAGGAGAAGAGGAGGAGGAGGACGACGACGAAUUAGGGGAGACGGGUAACAAUAUCAUUGGCAUCGACGGCGACGAGCCUUCUGCCAACAACGAAGGCGAGGACGACGACGUUGUUGAAGAGGAGGAGGAGGAGGACGACGAAGAAGAAGACGUCGACGACGAGGAAAUUGAACUUUUCGGCGACGAAGAGGAAGACGACGAAGACAUUGAAGACGAAGAGGAUAUUGACGACGACGAAGACGACGACGAAGAAAUCGAAGAGGAGGAAGAAGAUAUUGCCGACGAAAUAGAAGAUUCUGUCGCUGCCUUUGGAGGUAAAAGGCCACAACAAAAACAACAACAGCAUCAGCAGGAAAAAUCUCAACCACUACCACUGAAUCAACGUGAAGAAGAAGAGGACGACGACGACGACGAAGUCGAGGAAGAGGAACAACGCAACAACCACCACAAAAAUAAACUAGAACAACCAACCAAACAAAGACGCAAACGUUUAUUGAAACGACGACGUCGUAACACUUUAAAGCAAGCCAAUCAAGAAAAUUUCAAACUACAACUUCAACAACAACAGCAGCAGCAGCAGCAGCAGCAGCACCAGCAACAACAACAGAGACACAAACAAAGACAUCGUUUUAAGCGUAGUGGUGGUCUCAAAGUUCGGAGCAACUGUCGCACCAGCUCCAGCCAAUACAUCACAAGCAACAAUAACAAUAACACCACCACUUCUCAGGUGGUCGUAGGAGUAGAAACCCGUGAAGAAAUUACUACUUCUACGUCGUCACAACAAACAGCUACAACGACGGGCUACAAUAGAGCCCCGAAUCUGGGGGCACGACAAACACGCAGCAGUGGUGGCAGUGCAAGCACUAAUACCAAUACAGCUAGCAAUAAUACAGAUUACAAUAUAGGUGUACACAUCGGUGGCGGAGGAGGCGGAGUCGGAGUUGGAGCAGGAACAGGAAGCGGUGGCAUUGGCAACGGUUGGAACCACAACGGAUCAACAAUUAUUGGCGGAGGACCAGCACAUACAGCAGCGGGUACUUCAACAGGAGUGACACCCCAGCUCAUUGCUGGAGGAUCCGGAUUCAACCAUAAUUUAUUAAAUCGUGGUGGCGGUGUUGUUAUAGGACCACCCCCACCACCGCAAUUAACUACAGCCCCCGGGGUACUAACGAACGGCAUUGGCACCGGCAAUCCACAGCCGUCGCAACAUCAUCCCACUUUAAUUACUGCCGCAACUUCAAACCAUUUCCCACAACAACAACAGCAGCAGCAGCCGUCGUCACAUCAUACAGCUCAUUUGCUACAGCAACAACAACAUCAACACCAAGGACAAGGAUCUCAUACGCAUUAUUUAAGUCAACAAACCACAGGACCAACCUUCUACACAAAUCAUCAUCAGACAGCGGCUCAUUUGCAAGCUCCACAACCGCCACCACAGCAAGUUCACUUCUUCCAGACGUAUCAGACAGCUGGAACGUCGGCUUCAUCGGCUGCCAUAUUAAAUUUAAAUUUGAACUCAUAUCAAGCAGCAGCAGCCGCGGCUGCGGCAGCCAAUAACUCAGGUGCUGCCGUGGUAAAUGGUGCACCUCUAAUCUAUCAGGUACAACCACCACCAGGAGCUGGGCAAUCACAGGCUACGCUACUGGCACAAACCCAAAGUGGCGGAACAACACGUUACCAUCACCACCAGCAGCAACAACACCAUCAUCAUCAGGUUCAGACAGGAACAACAGCGCCAGCAGCACCACCGGUGAAUCUACAUCUUACACAUCAUCAAACACAGAGUGGUGGUCACUUGCAGCAGCAGCAACCACAACAACAACACAACCCACCGCCACCACCCACGGCAAUAGAAUUGACUUUGAGUGCUACGCUACCGGUCCCCGUUUCUCACGACACCACACCAAAUCCCGGUGGCCUUGUCUAUCACGCCACCAAUUACGGACCCAGCAGUGCUCUUCAUCAUCAUCAGCAGCAACAACAACAACAAAAUUCACACACCUUAAGACGCAGUUCACGAAGCAAAACGGGUUCUUGUGUCAGUUCGGUGCAGGGCCAGCAACAUCACGGCAGUGCGAGCAGCAGCUGCCUCGGUGGCAAUAGCAGCGGCGUCGUUGGCUCAACAAAUCACCGCCCAGCUGCCACAAAUAACGCAGCCAGCCUACCCGUUGUUGUGGGCCAUCAGUUGUUGACAACAGCAGCAGUAGCAGCGGCGCAAAACCAGCAGCAGUCUGUAAACGCCGGCCACCAUCUUCACCCGCAUCAUCAGCAGCAGCAGCAACAUUUAGGACCGCACCUCACACAUCCACCUGCACCACCACCUGUUUCCCAUCAUCCAACACCACCGUCUCUACACCACCAUCACCACAACCAGGCGCCGCCGCCACCGCCACCUCAACAUCAUCACCACCAUCAUCAUCAAAAUCUAGCAACAUCCGGCGGUGCUGUUGUCGUUGCCAUAGCCCAACAACAGCAACAGCCACCCCAGAGUCACCUGUUGCACACAGCGGUUGCAACACAUCCACACGCACUGUUGCAACAACGUACGACGGUUGUUCAGCCGGGCUUUUUGUACAGCUAUCGUCCCACAAAUAGUUCUUCGACAACAAAUAACAGUGGUUUGGGUACAACAUCAUCGUCGUCAAGUGCUGCCACCAACGUCGUCGUGCCCCCAUCUACAAAUAAUCCCCCCACCUCAUUCCACUUGGCCACUCAUCAAAAUUCGAAUAAAACAAACAAUUCUGCUUCUGCGGAUGCCUUAAGCUAUACUUUAAUGGCACAACAACAACAACAACAAUCAUCUAAUAGUGGAACAGCCUUACAACAACUGCCACCUACAGCAAACUCAGCAGCGUCCAAUACAGGUGGACAAACAGCCUCGUUAAGCGUCACCAACGCCUUGGGCGGCACAACGUCUUCAGCUACCAACAACUCCGCUACAGCAACCGGUGCCAACGCCAGCAACACCAACGCAACGGCUGCCAAUAGCGGAGGUGGUGUUAACAAUACAACAGCAACGGGGGCAGGAGGAGGCACCACAACGUCGUCAUCAAAUAAUGCCGCCGCCAACAGUGCCAAUUCUCAUGGCGAUUCAGAGAGCGAUGACAGCGAGGUGGGGCGACUGCAGGCAUUACUGGAAGCUCGCGGUCUGCCACCACAUCUCUUCGGUGCAUUGGGCCCCCGCAUGACACACAUUCUGCAUCGCACCAUUGGCAAUAGCAGUACAUCGAAGGCGCAACAACUGCUCCAAGGUCUGCAGUCACAUGACGAAAGUCAACAGCUACAGGCCGCCAUCGAAAUGUGUCAAAUGCUGGUAAUGGGCAAUGAGGAUACCUUGGCCGGUUUCCCCAUAAAACAAGUUGUCCCCGCAUUGAUAACCCUCUUGCGCAUGGAGCAUAAUUUCGAUAUUAUGAACAAUGCCUGUCGUGCUCUGGCCUAUAUGUUGGAAGCCUUGCCACGUUCAUCGGGAACGGUGGUGGAUGCUGUACCAGUAUUUCUGGAAAAGUUACAGGUCAUCCAGUGCAUGGAUGUGGCCGAGCAGAGUUUGACGGCAUUGGAAAUUCUGUCAAGACGUCACAACAAGGCCAUACUACAAGCCAAUGGUGUCUCAGCUUGCCUCACCUAUUUGGAUUUCUUUUCGAUUAACGCCCAGAGGGCCGCUUUGGCCAUCACCGCCAACUGUUGUCUGAAUCUGCACAAUGAAGAGUUUCAUUUCGUCUCGGAAAGUUUGCCACUUCUGGCCAGACUGUUGGCCCAGCAAGACAAGAAAUGUGUGGAAAGUGUAUGUUCGGCCUUCUGCCGCCUCGUCGAGAGUUUCCAACACGAUCCCAAACGUUUGCAGGAAAUUGCCAGCAAAGAGCUACUCAAGAAUUGCCAACAAUUAUUGGUGGUUACACCGGCGUUACUUAAUUCUGGCACAUUCACCGCCGUCGUGCGUAUGCUGAGCUUAAUGUGUGCCAACUGUCCUGACUUGGCCAUUUCUUUGCUGAAGAGUGAUAUUGCAUCUACACUACUGUAUCUAUUGACGGGGAAUGCAGAUCCUUUGCCCAAAUCAGCCUCCACUCACGUGGAUUUAAUCUCACGUUCGCCAUCGGAGCUGUAUGAGAUCACAUGUUUGAUUGGCGAAUUGAUGCCACGACUGCCCACAGACGGUAUAUUUGUGGUCGAUGCAUUGUUGGAUCGUCCCACCAUCAAUACUCACGAUCAAGUUCAAUGGCAGUGGCGAGAUGAUCGCGGCACCUGGCACAAUUAUUCGGCCAUAGAUUCACGCAUGAUCGAGGCAGCACACUUAAAUUCCGAGGAUGAGUUCAGUUUGAGCACCUUGGGACGCACAUACACCGUGGAUUUCCAUUCAAUGCAGCAGAUCAAUGAAGACACUGGCACAACCAGACCCGUACAGAGGAAAAUCAAUCCAAAUUAUAGGCCACCACCGAGUACCAGUAGUACAACCUCGUCGUCUGCUGGUCAAGAUUUGUCAGCCUCGGCGGUGGCUUCUGCCAUAACGGCUCUAAGCAACACUGUAACGGCCACAGCCACGGGAGGUACAACGCCGAUAACCACGUCUUCGUCGUCAUCAUCGUCAUCGCAAAAGCGACGAGCUUCUGUUGAUGCUCGCAUAGCUUGCCUUAAGGAGGAACGUGGUUUGGCUGCAGAGUUCAUAAAGAACUUGUUUAAUGUCCUCUACGAAGUCUAUAGCUCAUCGGCCGGUCCCAAUGUCCGCUACAAAUGCUUGCGAGCUCUCCUACGCAUGGUCUACUAUGCCUCAUCGGAGCUGUUAAGCGAAGUUCUAAAAUACCAACUGGUAUCCAGUCACAUAGCUGGCAUGCUUGGCAGCAAUGAUUUGCGCAUUGUGGUGGGUGCUCUACAAAUGGCCGAGAUACUUAUGCAAAAGCUACCCGACAUCUUUGGCACACAUUUCCGUCGCGAAGGUGUCAUCUAUCAAAUUACCCAACUAACAGAUCCAAACCAUCCAAUAUGUUCUAAUCCGUCGCCCAAACCCUUGGCCACAAAUAUGUCCGCCAGCGGUUCACAGAGUGCGCCGGCCUCGGCAUCCAGUCUGCAAGUGAAUCCCUUCUUUAUGGAUAAUGUGCCACCGUCACAGGGAAGUGCAUCCGCCUCGGGCACUCCAAAUACAUCGAAACCACAUCACCAGCAACAUCCGUACACCAUGAAGACCUUUUCGCAUGCCAUGAAUGCUCUGACAGCAGCAGCGGCUCAGCAAAGCACUUCGUCGUCCGGAGGUUCGUCCGGUUCUCCAGGGCAGAAAAUGCCCUCAUCCAUGGCUAUGAAUAUUAACACAAGUGGUGGCACCCCGGCCCAUCAGAAUCCCGGAGAAGUUCAAUAUCAUUACAGCUCUUCGGCACCGGCACCACACACCCAUUUGGUGGCGCAUCAUCCACAGCCGCACCCGAAUUAUUUCGUUUACACUACGGCGCAACAGCAGGCAGCACAGCCACCUUUGCCACCACCGGGAACCGAGUAUGUGGGCUACCAUCAGUUACCUCCACCACCACCACCCACGACGACGGUGCAUUAUGGCCAGCCACCACCACCACCGCCAUCCUCAAUGGGCAAUGCAAACCAACAACAGCAUACGCAAUACCACAACAUGGCCACAACUCCACAUGGAGGAGUGGCAGCUACAACAUCGACUCCACCCUCCUCAUCGUCAUCUUCGUCAUCCGUUUUGCCACACAAAAUGAGUGAUAUGUUGAAACGCAAAGUCCCACCGAAAAGAAAAUCACAAUCGACCAGCCGGUCGAAAUCUCGUCAAGAAGAUCAGUCCUCUUCUCAUGUCGCUACCGCAACUAGCACAUCGUCUACCGUGCACGAGUUGCUAACAAGGGCCACCAGUUUGGGUGGAACCUCGGUUGGUAGUUCGUCGUCCAAUGCUGGUCGCAGCACGCCCAGCACAUCGAGUAAAGUUCGCUUUAGUGGUGGCAGCAGCCAUCAUGGCUCGUCCAACUCCAGCUCACAGUCAUCCUCGAAGACAUCGUCGUUUUUGGCCUCGCUCAACCCAGCUCGUUGGGGACGCCAGGGAUCUCACCACGCCAGUAGCAGUUCAUCAUCAGCCGCCAACUCAGGUUUUACCAAAGAUUCAUCAGCCAGCAGCAGUAGUACAAGUUCUCAUCAUAGCCAUAGCAAUAAUGCCGCCGGUUCAAGUGCUGGUCACUCCAUGCCUGGUGGUGGUUGUUCGUCAUCGCUGGCAGCCCAAAACAUUAGCAAGAGUAUAUCACAGGCCAAUCUGAUAGCAGCUGGUAACCGAGAAAAAGCCCGCCAAUGGAUACGUGAGCAGGCCAUAUCGUUUAUCAAGCGUUAUGCGUCGCAAGAGUCGAAGGCGUCCAGUAACGGCACGGAAGGUUCAGGUACCACAAAUGUCCUGCAGCGUCUGACGUCGGUAAUUGCCAAAUUGAGUGGCAGCUUCCCGGAUAUUUUGGAAGCCCUCUUCGAGUUGAAGAGCAUUCUGCUGGAAAGUGAUAUUUCACCUUUCGAAGUGAACCAUUCGGGCUUGAUAAAGGCAAUGUUGAACUUCAUGACCUCCGAGGAGGGCCUGGUCGAUCGUGAUGCUCGUCUACGGGCAUUUAUGCAUGUAUUUGCCGGUUUGCCAUUGGAAACGCUGGUCAAGGUAGGCCACUUACCCAGUAUUGAUGCCACAGCAUUUGCUGCUUUUGUGGCCAAGCUGAACGCCUGUGUCACCCAGCUGGAACAAUUCCCCGUUAAAGUGCACGACUUCCCUGCUGGACCCGGAGGAGGUCGUUCGAAUACAAGUGCUUUGAAGUUUUUCAAUACACACCAACUGAAGUGUAAUCUUCAACGUCAUCCGGACUGCAACAACCUGCGCCAAUGGAAGGGUGGUACUGUAAAAAUUGAUCCCCUCGCCAUGGUGCAGGCCAUUGAACGGUAUCUGGUGGUGCGCGGUUACGGCGGCAUUCGAGGUGACUUGGACGAAGACUCCGAAGAGGAUAUGGAUGACAAUGUGGCGGCUGUGGUUAUGUCACAAAGUGGUUUCAAGCACAAACUGCAAUUCUUGAUCGGAGACCAUCCGCUGCCCUACAAUAUGACCGUGUAUCAGGCUGUAAAACAAUUCUCACCACUGGUCAAUGAUCAAUCUGAAACCGAUACAGAUACGGAAACACCAUUGGGAAACGCCAGUAUAUGGGUACAACAGCACACAAUUUACUACCGACCAGUUGAGGAAGAACCAACCGGGUCAGGUGCAUCCAGCAGUAGUAGCAAUAGCAAAUCCAAUACAACUGGUGCUGGUACGUCCACUUCAGCACACAACGGCGGAGUACUUGCCUCGUCGUCCGGUAGUGGGCAGGGGGCGUCUGGCAGCAAAAAGAGCAGCAAGUCUUCGUCGAAACUGUUGCGCAAGAAAACCGAAUUAUGGCAUGAGGGCAUUGCGCCCAAUGUCGUGUCCGCUCUUAAACCAUUCCUUAGCAAUACACUGCCCGCCGAUGUGGUUACCAGCGUUUCGGAUGCCUCCCUCGAUGCCCUCUGUAUGUUGCGUAUCAUUAAUGCCUUGAACCGUCAUUGGGAACAUUUGUACGGCUGUGUGGUACGCCAAUUGAUAAUACCACAAUCUGAUUUCAUUCAUCCUAAAAUAACGGCCAAGGCUAAUCGCCAGCUCCAGGAUCCACUGGUGAUAAUGACUGGUAAUUUGCCACAGUGGUUGCCACAAAUCGGUAUGGCUUGUCCAUUCUUGUUCCCCUUCGAGACGAGGCAUUUGCUGUUCUAUGCCACAAGUUUCGAUCGGGAUCGCGCAUUGCAACGUCUAUUGGAUACUACACCCGAUUUGAAUUCGGCUGAAUCAUCGGAACGCGUGGCACCACGUUUGGAUCGUCGUAAGCGUGCAAUAUCCCGACAGGAUGUACUGAAACAAGCUGAACAUUUGAUACAGGACUUUGGACAUUCAAAGGCUCUGCUCGAAAUACAAUAUGAGAAUGAGGUCGGCACUGGCUUGGGUCCCACCUUGGAAUUCUAUGCCUUGGUCUCGGCGGAAUUACAGCGCACCGAUUUAGGUCUGUGGAACGGUAGCGACAGUUACAAACAAAACUCUGCCAACAUUGUAGAUGUUGUCAAAUCCACAAGUGCCACAUUACACAUUGAAGAGUCGCAGGACACCAACACCCAGACCAGCGACACAGCAACAAAUCAAACAACACCCAGCCCCACUACAGGCUCCACGCGCAGUUCAAGUCGCAAUAAUCGCGACAGUUUCGGUGUGGCAACACGCAGCAGUUUGGUGGCCACAAAUAAUUCUAUCAACAACCAACAACAGUCACCACAGGCUGGAGAUGAUGCCUUAGAUAUGCUUAUUGAGCAGCAAUCGGAUGUGGUGGAUCAACAGCAGCAGCAGCAGCAACAACAGCAGCAUGAUCUUUCAAUGCCAUUGCUAGAUAAUCCAAUAGCUGUGAACACGAUUAGUACACCAACGAUACAAGUGAGCCCCACGCCACCUCCCGUCACCUAUGUAAAUACAUCUCAUGGCCUGUUCCCCUUGCCCCUGGGAAAAUCUUCGAAGUUACCACAUGUUUCCAAGGUCAAAUCGAAAUUCAAGUUUUUGGGUAAAUUUAUGGCCAAGGCUGUUAUGGAUAGUCGUAUGUUGGAUCUACCAUUCUCAAUACCAUUUUAUCGUUGGAUUUUGAAUGAAGAGCAUUCCAUCGGUUUGGCAGAUUUAUCACGUGUCGCUCCCGAGGUGCAACAAACAUUGGUACGUCUGCAAGACGUGGUACAUCAACGCGAAAUGAUUUUAGCCGAUACUAGUUUGGAUGCUAUGGAAAAGACUGAAAAGAUUGAAACACUAGAUUUGGAUGGUUGUCCCAUAGCCGAUUUGGGGUUAGAUUUCGUUUUGCCCGGUCAUGCAAAUAUCGAGCUGUGUCGUGGCGGCCGAGAUACUCCAGUAACUGUACAUAAUUUACAUCAAUAUAUUAGUUUAGUGACAUAUUGGUUCCUUGUCGAAGGAGUGCAGAAACAAUUUGAAGCCCUCAAAGAAGGCUUUGAUAGCGUAUUCCCAACACAUCGUUUGCGCAUGUUCUAUCCCGAAGAACUGGAGAAUGUCUUCUGCGGCAGCAAUAAUGCCACUUACCAAAAAUGGGAUGUCAAAAUGCUACAAGAAAGCUGUCGCACCGAUCAUGGUUUCAAUCAGGAGUCACAGGCCAUACAAUUCCUCUACGAGAUACUGUCGACCUACACCAGUGAUGAGCAGCGGGCAUUUUUGCAAUUUGUCACCGGUUCACCGCGUCUACCAACCGGUGGCUUUAAGGCUCUGACACCGCCGCUAACUAUAGUACGUAAGACCCUGGAUGGAAAUCAAAAUCCCAACGAUUAUUUGCCCUCGGUAAUGACAUGUGUAAAUUAUCUAAAAUUACCCGACUAUUCGAGUCGUGAAGUGAUGCGACAAAAACUAAAGGUGGCUGCCAAUGAGGGCAGUAUGUCGUUCCAUUUGUCUUAAAAAGCAGUUGGAUGAUGCAGCAUCAAGUACACGCUGGCUUAGAGAAACGCACACACACAUACACACCACUCACUGUCGCCUUGAGCGCGUCGUUUUUUCUUUGUGGUAAAUUAGAAAUGGAGAACAUGAUCGAUUUUGUUUCUUACAUUGGGUGUUGUAAAAGUAGUAGAUGACAAAAAAACAGAAAAACAAAACAACAAGAAAUGGUGAUAAUUUUUUAAUUUAAUUUUUUAAUUACAUAUUGUUUUUAAAAAACGGUGAUGUUGCUGUUAGAGCAAAUUUAUAAUUGCUAUAUACAUAUUAAACAAGAAAACUAAAUAUUAAUAAUAAUACAAAAAUAAAAAAAUUAAAAAAAGUAUAACAAUUUAAAAUCAUACCAUAAAUUAAAUCCUACCAGCCACCAAUCAAUUCCCCCCUUUUCCCAAAAAAAAAAAAUAUUAUGAAAAUGAAAUUUAAAUAUUUAACCUUAUACAUAUUAAAAUAAUAGUUAUACUACACACAUACAACAGCAAAUAUAAGUAAAUAAUAAAUAUAAAUGGAAAAAAUUAAUAAUAAUAAUAUUAAAUUAUACUAAACCGGCACAUGUUGCUGAUUUUUGUCUCCUCCCCCUCAGAAAUAAAGAAAACAGAACUUCAUACCUUUCCCAUAAUAAACGCAAACAUGUAAAAUAAAUUACUUUAGUAAAAAAUUGCGACGUAAAAACUCCAAUUUCUAAAUUCAAAAAAAAAAAAAAUCCCCUAAAAAUAAAUAAAUAAAUAUGCAAUUUAUUGUUUGUUUGGUUUUCUCGCUAAAAUAACAAAUAGUUGAAUUUAUUUUUGUUACGCUUGUUUUCUCCUCAAAUCAAAAAGAAAAAAAUCGAUUUAAUUAUAUUUUGUUUGUCGUUUAUAGCUCCUAUAUUUUUUAUGAAAAAAAUUACAAUUAGAUUCAACCAAACAACUGAAUUAAUGUUUGAUUUGAAUUACAUACACCUCCCCGGUUUUCUCUCACUUAGAAUUAAAACAAAAUACAUACAUAUUCAUUUAUUUAUUUUAAGUUUUACUUAUUUUUACACCAUUAUUCUUAAUUUUCUAUUUAGCGUUUUGUUUGUUACGUGGCUUUAUAAAUUAAUCAAUUUCUCUUUUGUAACAACAUACAUAUAAUAUACAUACAUACAUAUAUAUAAAAAAUACUUCAAACUUAAAUUAAUGUAUUUAGUUGUAAAUGGAAUUUAUCAAUUUAUGCAAAAUAAUAUAAGAAUUCAAUAUGUUUUAAAACAAAAGAAAA